AUGGAACCACGUCUAAUAGACAAGAUUGUUAAUGCAGCGGGUAAUCUUGAGAACCACGUCGUCUGUGAAGUAGGACCUGGGCCAGGAGGAAUUACAAGAUCCAUCAUCCAGAGAGCUCCUAGAAAAGUAAUUUUGAUAGAGAAAGAUCCCCGCUUCAUACCUUCACUGGAAUUACUAGCAGACGCAUGCAGAGAUAAAGUUGAUUUGGAUAUCAUACCUGGUGAUAUUUUGAAGACUGACAUUGCCCAGUAUGUUCCUAGUGAUAUUAAAACAGAGUGGCAUGAUUCACCACCACCGCUGCAUUUGAUUGGCAAUUUGCCAUUUAGUGUCUCUACCAUACUGAUAAUUCGCUGGUUAGAGAUGAUGUCCAAACAGGAGGGUCCUUGGAUCUUGGGCCGAACAAGAAUGACACUCACAUUUCAAAAAGAAGUUGCAGAGAGGAUGGCAGCACGUAUAUUGGACCACCAACGAUGCCGUUUGUCUGUUAUGUGUCAGAAUUGGUGCAGUGUCAAAUAUAAAUUUGAUAUUUCCGGUGCAUCAUUUUUACCCAAACCAGAUGUUGAUGUUGGGGUGGUGACACUGACCCCUUUGAAAACCCCAAUAAUAAAACAGCCAUUUAAAAUGGUUGAGAAAGUUGUUAGACAAAUAUUUUCCAUGAGACAGAAAUAUUCUAUAAGAGGUGCUCAAACUUUGUUUCCUCCAGAAGUUAGAGAAGAAAUGGCAUUGAGAAUGUAUAAGAUGGCUGACAUUGAUCCUGUAACUAGACCUUUUCAGAUUGCUAAUGCAGAGUUUGCUAGGAUUGUUGAUGCCUAUGCUGAAAUUGUAAAGGAGUAUCCUGAAUUAGAACAUUAUGAUUACAGAGCACCAAAAAAUAACCAGAAAAUAGAGGAAGAUGCAACGGCAGAGGAACAAGUUGUUAUUUAA